CUGGAGGAGAGCGGCUCAAUCCCAUAUGCUUCAAAUAAUUACAGCCUUAUUGUUGCCUUUUACGCGUCUUUCAAAACAUUGCUGUUCAUCUAAACUAGCUGAAGUGUCUCGUAAUUCUUUCUCAUCACCCAUGGGAUUAAACCACACAUCAGUGUCCUUGCCUGGACGAAAGGAAAACACAGGAGACAUUUAAUUGAGGAUAUACUACCAGGACCAUCAGCAAGAUAUGGACAGCAAUUCCUAUUCUAAACCGCCAAUAGGGCGUAAGAUGAAGAACCCGGCCCCCCCUCCCCCGGGCCCCCCUCAGCCCACUCCGCGUCGCCUGCCGCGGAACAUCGUGCCGGACGGGGGCGUGGCCGUGAGCGCGGACAUCAAGGAGAACGUCCUGCAGCCCCACGUGGAGCUCCAGCUCAGCCUGCCCAGCGGCACACACACCACCAGCACCUACGAUGGCAGGAAAGCUCUUAUGGACCUGCUUGUGGAGGUGUGUGGUCAGUACCACCUGAACCCGGCCUACCACACCCUGGAGCUGCUGUCGUCGGAGGGGCAGCCCGUGGCCUUCAAGCCCAACGCCUUCCUGGGCUCUCUGGAUGUAGCCUGUGCCCUCAUCAAGGAGCGGGUGGUGGACGAGAAGCUGGUGCGGAAGCCUGUGCCCAGAGUGCCAGAGAAGAGCGUGCGUCUGGUGGUGAACUAUCACCGCUCCCAGAAGACGGUGGUGCGUGUGAGCCCGCUGGUGCCGCUGCACGCGCUGGUGCCGCUCAUCUGCCAGAAGUGUGAGUUUGACCCCGCCCACGCGCUCCUGCUCCGCGACAGCGUCAGCCGCCACGAGCUGGACCUGGACAAGUCCCUCUCCGACCUGGAGAUCCGCGAGCUCUACGCCCUCGACCAGAGCCUGGUUCUGCAGCCUAAAAUGGCCUCCGCUCCUGCCCUUAACUACGCAGAGUCCACCUGCUCUACCCAGAGUGUGGGCGCUGUGGAGAAGAAAGGUCUUCUGGGUUUCUUCAAGUUCAACCGCCGGAAAUCAAAGACCGACUCGCUCUCCUCCUCUGACAUGGAGGAGGUUGAUGGUGAUGGUCAUGUUGUUGAGAGUGCUGAGAAUGACCAUUAUGCCCUAUCAGGUGUGAGCACCAGUUUGGAGGCGCGGCCUAGCACUCUCGGCCAAUCACAGUCGGUCAUGAACAUCAGCAAGAUGUCCCCCAAAGUGGAGCUGAAGAAGCGACGCGCUCCAGCCCCGCCCCCCACCACCGCUCACAACUACGGCAGCCUAGGGAUGCAUGCAGGCUGUCCCUCCACCAGUAGCCUGCUGAAGAAGCGCAAAGCUCCCGCCCCCCCUCCCACCCCGGCCUCCCAUUCGCCCACCCCGACCCCGCCCCCUCCCCCUCCCACACGCAGCAGCCCCGAGCACGUCCCCAAGGCUGCCCCCCCUCCGGCCUCCUCCGCCCAGGCCACCGCCGCCACCGUUGCCGUAGCUGCCGCCGCCGCCGCCGGUGCGGCUGUCGUCACCGCGGCGACGGUCGCGUUGCCCCCGGCGACGGCGGCGCGGCGCGCGGCCCGCCAGGAGGACACGGCGUCGGAGGCGAGCGGCGCCAGCGAGGAGUCGGAGCGCAACGGCGCCCUCUGCAGCUCCAGCAGCUCGCAGGCCGACUCCGUACCCAGCAGCCACCUGGACGAGGUGGCCGUCAGCAGUCAGGACGAGGAGUACGAGGAGGAGUACGAGGAGGUGGAGGAGGAGGAGGAGGAGGAGGAGGAGGAGCUGGAGCUGGAGGUGGACGAGAUGGAGAUGGAGCUGGCGGUGCUGCAGCAGCUGCAGCAGAGGUCACGGCAGCAGCUGUCCCAGCCGGUGGUGGUGGAGCGGCUGCAGCAUCGACAGCAACCCGCGCUACUGCACACCCAGGUCUCCGAGCCCAAACCGCAGAUACAGCCACAGCCACAGCCACAGACACCACAGACACAGACACCACAGACACAGCAACAGACGCAGCCACAGACACAGCCGCCGCCUGCACAGACACAGCCUCCCCAGCAGCCGCAGGGUCCUCAGCAGCAGGAGCAGCAGGAGCAGCAGGCAGAGGAGCAGCUGCAGGACAGUGACCGCAGCACCACCAGUGCAGACACCGGCUCCACCGUCAGCCUGCGCAUGGACGACACCGAGAACAACCGGCACAGCGGCAUAGACGCGGGGCGACAGGUGCCAGUCAAACCCCGACGGACAUCGCUAGGAGACCAGACGUCACAGGCGGCCUCCGCCAGCCCAGCCCUCAUUGACCGCAACUCCCACAAUGCAUCACCAGACAGCUUCACAGAUAUGCCACAACACUCAUGGCUGCACUCCUCUCGUCCAGCAGAGGGCGCUGAGGUUCCAGUGGACUCAGUGGAGACGGGCUCCGUGAGCAGCAGCAGCGGGAGCUUCGCCGAUCAGGGCUACGCCGAGGACCCGUGCCCCCUGAGCUCGCCCUCCGACCGCACGCCACCCCGCGCCCCGCGAGACCUCUCCAGCGACAGCGACGAGGGCUGCGCCACCUGGAACUCCAGCACCAGUCAAGACUUGUACCAGAAGGGUCAGUCAGGCAAAAUAAAGGACAGCUAUGAGGAGGACCCCAAGCUGAUGGCUCAGCUGCAGCUGACGCUGGCUGAUCUGGAUGCAGAACUAGCAGAAAUGAACCAGAGCAGUGAGUCUCCCUCUGAAGCUGAUGACGUGAUCCCUGUGUCUGUUGUGGACUUGGUCCCCGUGACAACCAUCGAUGAGGUGCCGGACACGCAGCUGUCCAACAGUCAGAACAAGAACAACAACGCCACCUUGUGUCCGGAGCCUGCAGUGCAGCCACGCGUGUCAGGGGAGGCGAGGGGCUCCAGGAGCACGCAGGAGGUCAAGCAGCCGCCCCCAGAGGUCAAGCAGCCGACCCCCGACUCAAAAGACAAGACGCUGAAAUCUGAGCCGUCCCUCCGUGAGAGUAAAGCAGUGGGCUCAGCAACAGGGACCAAGCCUCCUCCUGCCAAGAACAGCAGCACAGUGGCGGCUCCUUCCAAGGCUCAGCCUGUUGGUGGUAGCCAGAGCAACAGAGCGCCCCCUAGGGCACAGGAGGCCCAUCUGGAGCGCAGCAAGAUCACCCAGGUGCCCGCCUCCCGCUUCGGCACCAAGACGUUCACCAUCGUCCCGACCAAAGUGGCUGUGCCCAGCAGCGCCCAGACCCAGGGCUCGCUCACCGCCGGUGCCAUCAAGAUUGAUGACCGUGGCAACAUGGUGAAGGGGCACGGUGUGCGGCAGUGUGUGGGCACACCACCGGUGGGCACACAGGCUGAGAAGGAGGAAGCCGCGCCGCCCCGUGAGAAAACCACCCUCGGUGCCAUCAAGAUCGACGAGCGGGGCAACAUGGUGAAGGGCCACGGAGUGCGGCAGUGCGUGGGCACAUCGGUGGCACAGGCUGAGAAGGAGGAAGCCGCGCCACUGCGUGAGAAAGCCAAAACCUUCUGGACAUCCACAGACAAGCAGGAAGCUCCUACUGCCACAAAAACGAAAACAACAACAACAACAACAACAACCAAAACAGUGGUGACCCCUCAGCCUGCCCCAGUUUGGGCCAAGGCUAAACCUGCGGCCAGCAGCGCUGUCUCUGGGAUAAACCAUUCCUCCACAGCUCAGGAUGGCAGCCAGGCCUCCCAGGGUGCGGAGAGCAGGCCUCCCAGCUCAGAGCCCGCGGGUCCAGCCCAGAGGACCGCGCCGAGCGCCCAGGACCCCAGAGACCUGUCCUUCCUGAAGCCCCAGAGGCGCACGUCCAGUCAGUACAUGGCCUCGGCCCUCAGCAGCAAGUUCACCGUGCGGCCCGCCGUCAGAGCCGAGGGCAUUCAGGAGAAAGCGGAGCCGGUGCCUCCAGCCCAGAAGCCUUUUGUAGAGGUACGACCCGCCGCCACCUCCACCUCCAGUGCCAGCGUUACAGUUAAGGGUUCCGCUGGCUCGUCCCAGGUGGUUGUGUCCAAGGAGAACGGUUCUGUUCCCGGCUGGACAGCUCUGAAAGGCCCGCAGGCCUACAAGAGCCACACCUUCAACAAGCAGGCUUCAGUUGAGCCACCGCGUCCUCUUAAGGGAGGGGCAGGGACCGUGUCUGAUGUGGACUCAGGGCCGGUCAACAGCAAGACAAAGGUGACCUCCCAUGUGGCUGCUAAUAGAUCCAACACGACUCACAGCCCAGCCUCGGACCAACCGGAUAAGAACCCGGAGCCCUGGGCCGCCCCUGGAGUUCUGCCUGAGCCCAACCAGGUGAGCCUCUUCGGCCCAGUGAAGAAGUUCCGGCCGGUGAUCCAGAAGUCCGUGGAGAAGGACACGUCUCUGCACAGUUCGCUGAUGCAGGCCAUCCAAUCAGGAGACAGCAAGGAGCGCCUCAAGAGGGUGUGCGAGACGUCGGCUGGGAGUGGCCUGAAGCAGCCAAUCCUGGCGGAGGAGGAGAACACCCAGUCCGCCCUCCUCUCGGCCAUCAGGGCCAACAGCUCCAACCGCCUCAAGCAGACAAAGUCAAAGGCAGCCAAGGAGUUGGACCGCUUCAGAGCCACGGAGUCAGUGAGCGCUUCUCAGAACCACACCUCUCCUCUUCAGCACACCUCACCUCCGUCAGCUCUCGCACCUGCUCACGCAGUCGCCCCCCCGCCCCCUCCUCCACCUGCUGCGGCCCCUCCUCCCCCCCGGGUGGCGCUGGCGUCCGUGGGGAACCCAGAGCAGACCCGUGAAGCUCUGCUGGACGCCAUUCGCUCUGGGGCCGGGGCCAAAGGCCUGAAGAGUGUUCCUGUGGCCACUAAAACCGUGCUGGUGAACGGGCGACUGGGGACCAUGACCGCGUCCAGCUCUCUCUCCCAGGGCCUUUAGACGGUGAGCUGCGGGAGGCUGGACACUGCAGGCGCCGGCCGGAGAGGAGACCAGAUGAUGGACAGGCGCUGGUGUUCCCCGCCCUGGUGGCCGGCGGUGUUUAGUUUUUAUUCGUCAUUAUCUAUUCCCAAAUUUGCUGCUGCUAUAGUGUGCCAAGAAUCACCGCAAUAUCAUUAUUAUAUUCUUAUUUACAGCCUUUUAUUGUUAUUAUUAAUAUUAUUAUUAUUAUUAUUAUCAUUAUUUCCCAGGCUAAAAUACCGAAUGUUGUGUAUGAGAUUCUUGACUUUUGUUCACAUCUGCAAAGCAAUGAGGUUUUUUUUAUGUUGUUGAAAAAUCACCAGUCGCAUUUUAUGUUCUUAAUAAGAUACGAGACAGUGUAUGGCAACUCUGUUAUUGUGAUUGGCCAGCAUUAUUAGAAGACUGGAUGCAAAGUGGCAUCAAACUUUCUAGUACACACUAAGCAGGGCCCUACAGCUUCUAUAAAAGACACAAACGCUGAAUUCCAGAGGCAAUACUGCUAACGCAUUCCUCAGAGAAACAGUCUCUGGAUCGAUACACCUUAAAUAACUUCACAUUACAGUCCUUAGCCAGAAAUAAUAGUGUUUGUGGAAAUGUUUUGGUUGUUGCCCAGCCAUGUUUCCCCAAGAGAUGAGCAGGGUACUGUACUGUACUGUUCGUCCAGCAUCAGUAUGGAUGCCUGGUGAAGUGUGGGUGGGUGCAUUAGUCGCAAGAGUGUUCAAGCUGCUGUCGGCCAGAUAGCAGAGCGUCUGAGUGGGUACAGUAGUACCUAAUGCCUUACUGUGUGUUCACACCGCGGGCGACUUGAGCUUCCAAAGAUUCCGGAAGUCAUUCAUUUUCAAUGGAAGCCGGCUUCUCUCAGCUGCCAGCAGCGACCAAUCCGUCGGCGUCGCGUUUUGGGCGUCUUGAGCGACUAGAGAAAGUUGAAAGUGGUUUAACUUUAUGGUAAUGAGCUAUGACGCGGUUCAGCGACCAAACGACCAGCAACGAACAUAGAAUGCUACUACGUCAGAGCGGCCAAAGCAUCCAAGCUUCCCACGGCGUCCUUGACAGGGCGUCCAGAGCGAUAUUGGAAGCUCAAGUCGCUCUUGGUCUGAAUGCACAGUUAAGCCAACUGGCCUGUUAUUAUAUAACCUCAUUUAUAUAUAUUUUUAUUGUUUUGAAUGAAAUGAACCUCACAGAUGUCCCUCAUGUCAUGUAUAAGGUGGGGGUAGUGUACCCAAGGAUAAGCUAACUGCUCUGAAUGCUGAGAUCAUGGUUAAGUUGAAGUCACACACAUGCACACACACAGGCACACCACUCAUACUGUACAUACACACAUUCACAUCCAUGCACUCACACGUGCGCACACACACACACACACACACACUUGACAGUGCCUAUACUAGAACGAAAGAUGGUGUCCUGAGCUUGCCAUAUGAAUUAGUAGAAGUGCUAUUCUAAGCGACAGGUUAUUUGAAGGUGCAUCUGUCAUGGGAAGACCAGUAUAUGGAGUAGUGAGAGAUCUGUUUGGUGAGGAAUACAAGGAGGGCAAAAUUAGCAUUCAUUCCAUCCAACUAUGUGUGUGUGUGUGUGUGUGUGUGUGUGUGUGUGUGUGUGUGUGUGUGUGUGAGUGAGUUUGCAGGAAUGAGGGGUUUUAUAUUAACAACAUUUCCAUGAUACACACACAGUUUCUGUAAUCUACUGUCUAUUCCAUAUUCUACAUAUUUGGACCUGAGAAAUGAAUCUUAUGUUGUUAUUCAUUAAUCGUAGCAUACUAGCUUUCUUCACUAGAAACAUUAUUCACUUUUCUGAACACAUCUCAGUUGUGGUGGGUGUUGUUUUGUAAUGGAGGCCUGUUCUGUUUACCUGGCCAGGUGUGUACCCACCUCAUGUACAGUAUUUGAACUGGUGUGUGUGUAUGUGUGCGUAUGUGUUUGUGUGUGUGUGUGCGUGUGUGUGUGUGUGUGUGUUUAAGUAUAAGUAAAAAAACAAGCAUAAGCAUAACAUAUUCAGCAGAAAUGACUCAGUCAGAUGAUAUCCCAGAGGUCGUGAACUCUGCAUUAGCAAGAAGAGUAGUGCACGUUCACUAGUCACUAGUAGACAUCAUUUCAUGAUAGCCUAUUUGAAGACUUUCAUUAGUAUUUACUGAUAUGCUAUAUUGAUAGAAGUUAAGAAGUAAUUUUUUUUAAUAUAUUUGUAUUAUUAUUAUUAUUACGAUACAUCAUUUUUGUUUGUUUAAAAUGAAUUGAAAGCAGCCAAUCAUAGUGUUUUGUUCAGGCUAGUUUGUGUCUUUAAACUAUAAAAUGUGCAUAGUCAGAACAAGAGUAGAGCAGGACAGUCUCUUCAGGUUUCGUUUGCUGUUGAUGCCAAGAAAUCACGUAGACACAACUGCUCAGCUGACUUUCAUGUGUGUGUGUGAGAAUGUGUGCUGGUGUCUUUCUGUCAUUUUGUAUGUAGCGUGAGUGAUACCCAGAUUAUUGGAGGCAGUUGUGGGAACAUUUGCUACAGUAGCGUGUUGGCUGCAACAUGAGAUUAGAGAUUAUUUGAGGUGUGUUGAGUUGAAAGGCUCACAGAUGGACUCUUUGGCUUCUGGACUCUCUUUCACACACACAAUACACACUAACUUCAUAGUGUUUCUUUAAGUGAUGUUGCUUCUGCUCUGUAUAUUGUCCUGUAAUUAGAAAAAAAGAGAGAUUUAUAUACAUAUCUGCUGACGAUUUAUAUACAUAUCUGCUGACGAUUUGCGCAACUGAACUCUGAUUGAGUUUCUUCAUGCCAUGAUUUACCGUAUUUAAUAUGAUGUAGAGAGGAGUGUGUGUGUACCACAGGAAGUGAUGUGACACAGUGUGUGUGUGUGUGCGUGUGUGUGUUUGUGUGUGUGUGUGCGUGUGUGUGCGUGCGUGUGUGUGCGUGUGUGUGCUUGUGUGUGUGUGUGUGUGUGUGUGUGUGUGUUUCCUUGCAGUGGAAUAACUGUGGGGUGAUUGGACUAGGUCUGUGUUCAUUGUGGAUGGAUCACAUGAAGGAGUUUAUAUUUUUAAAUGAUUAUUUUUUUGAGAAUAUGUUGGUAUUUUGUACUUCACACCCUGAUGUAGCUUACUGCAAAGGAUCACAGAGAUUUUUGGGUACUUGAUUUGAAUGAUUGAUCACUGACUGCAAAAUAUCAUGUGGGUUUUUGGUACUUGAUUUUAGUUAUAUUACAGACAUUUUGAAAAUGACAUUCCUUGUUAAAAUAUUGCUUUUGUAUGUUAAUCACGCUCUAUGGUUUGGAGGGGAUUUUUUUGUUUCGCAGUAGGCUAUAGUUUGUAAAUCAAUAAAGCGUUUUAUAAACUCAA